GCGGGUUUUCGCAUUUAGACAAAGAAGCGAGUUGUAACAUCUGCGGUUUACGUAGCUAGCGCCGUGUGACCAACGCCGGCAGAGCUGGAGGCGUCAGAGCCGCAGCUUGUUUAUGAUGAGGCCUCGGCUCAGCCUGGUCGUCAACGCCUCUAAAGUGUGUCUGGCCGCGUCCCCGCUGAAGUUAAAGCCCACGCGUGUUCUGUUGUGCACCUCGUCCUUCCAGGGAGACGCCACCUGCAAUGGGACACACAGCAGAAGGACGCCGCCGUCCGACCAUCAGCUGUUUGAGGACCAGUUCGAGGAGCUGGUCACGGAUCUGGCAGAGAAGGACCUGGACGACCCGGUUCUGGCUGAUGCCCUGAGCAGACUGAGAGAGGUGUUGGUGUACAAUGCCCCCGGAGGAAAGCGGAACAGAGGCCUGUCUGUGAUUGGCUCGCUGAGGGAGCUGCUCCCUCCUUCACAGCUCACCCAGGACGCGGUGCAGCGGGCUCUGUUGGUUGGAUGGUGCAUUGAAUUGCUUCAGGCAUUUUUCCUUGUCGCAGACGAUAUCAUGGACGGAUCUGUGACUCGGAGGGGACAGCCCUGCUGGUACAAGAAGGAUGGAAUUGGCCUGGAUGCCAUCAAUGACUCAUUUCUCUUGGAAGCGUCGAUCUACAGACUACUUCGCAGACAUUGCCGGGAUCAACCCUACUAUGUCCACCUACUGGAGCUAUUCACAGAGACAACUUUCCAGACAGAGCUUGGUCAAGCUCUGGACCUCAUGACGGCUCCUCCUGGUCAGAUUGACCUCAACAGAUUCACAAUGGAAAGAUAUAAAGCAAUUGUAAAAUACAAGACUGCCUUCUACUCUUUUUAUCUCCCAGUGGCUGCUGCAAUGUACAUGGCAGGAGUUGCAAGUGAAGAGGAACACACUAAUGCCAAACACAUUCUACUUGAGAUGGGAGAAUUUUUCCAAAUACAGGAUGACUACCUGGACUGUUUUGGUGACCCUGCUGUGACAGGAAAGAUUGGCACAGACAUCCAGGAUAACAAAUGCAGCUGGUUGGUGGUGACAGCCCUGGAAGUCAUGACUCCUGAACAGAGAGCAGAGCUGGAGGCGUGUUACGGGCGCCACGACGAUGCCAGUGUAGAAAAGGUCAAAGCCUUGUACAACAGCUUGCAAAUGCCAGAGCUCUACCAGAAAUACGAGGGCGAAAGCUACCAGCGGCUACAGAAACUCAUCGCUUGUCACGCUCAAAACCUCCCUCACUCGGUGUUUCUCAACUUUGCCAAGAAAAUUUACAAGAGGAACAAGUGAGGCAGAACGCUUCUGUGAAUGCUGCCAGGUGCAUCAGCGCAGGUCCCUUUGACUGUUGUCACGAUGCACUGCCCUCCCCAGGGACGAGGCUCCCGUUCCAAAAGCAUGAUUCAAGCGGGACUGUGGUAUUUAGAAAAAUGAAAAGUGGUUUGUAAAUAUUUAGUUGUGAAUGUUACUAAAUGCUAGCACGCCUUUUGUUCAGCUUUAGUUAUUUAUUGAAGGCGGUGUGUAAUGAACAGUCUAACAUCUCUGUACCAAUACUGGAUGUAAGGAACUGCACUAAAACAGGAGAUUUAUCCACAAUUGACAGGAGUCAGCUCAUUCUCAAUGCCACAUAUUUUUAUAUUCCACCUAGAAAACUUUUGCUUUUAAUAAAUUAUGAGCAGCAA